AUGGCAACCAAGCCCAAGUCUAAACACAAGCCCAAGCGCAAGCCCAAAUCCGGGUCGCCCACCUCUCCCUCCUCCGCUUCAGCCUUCUUCAAACCGGGCACUGCCGUGGAAGUCAGCUCCGACGACGACGGCUUCCGCGGCUCUUGGUUUUCUGGCAUCGUCAUCCGUCGCCUCGCGUCCGACCGCUUCCUUGUCGAGUACGACAACCUGAUGGAAGACGAGCAAAGCUCGAAGCGCCUGAGAGAAGUUCUCAAUCUCCGCCACCUCCGGCCACUUCCCCCGUCGGAGACCGGCCGGGAAUUCAAGUUCGGCCAGGAGGUGGACGCGUUCCACAACGAUGGCUGGUGGGAGGGCCACAUCACUCAAGAAUUGGGAAAUGAAAGGUUCGCAGUGUAUUUCAGAGCCUCUAGAGAGCAAUUGGUGUUUCCAAAGGAGCGACUGAGGCUCCAUCGCGAGUGGCUCAAUUUCAAUUGGGUCCCACCAAUUCAACAAUCACAAAAACAGGAUAAUGAUUUGAAGGAAAUGCAGUUGACGCUGCCAAAUGUGAAGUCUGUUGAAACUGUGAAGGAGGAUGUGUUUAGCGUAGGAAAACUAGUUGAGGUUAGCAGUGACGAAGACGGGUUCAGUGGAGCUUGGUUUGCUGCCACUAUUGUUGAGGUAAUGGGAAAUGUGAAGUUCAUUGUUGAGUACCAGAAUCUACUGGCUGAUGAUGAUUCCCAGCUUUUGAAAGAGGAGGUUGAUGUUCUGCACAUAAGGCCUCAUCCGCCAGACACUUGUGUUAUUGAUCAAUUCAGUCUUCUUGAUGAGGUUGAUGCUUUGUACAAUGAUGGUUGGUGGAUCGGUGUGAUUUCUAAAGUUCUUGAUGAUUGGAGGUAUAUAGUGUAUUUCAGGACCACUAAUGAAGAACUAGAGUUUCAGCACUCCCACUUGAGGAUGCAUCAAGACUGGAUUGAUGGCAAAUGGGUCAUGCCUUCCAAGGCGUUGAUGUUGUGAUAACUGAAGAUCGCUAGGGAUAUAAGAAAAAUCCCUCUACCAGUUCAGUCACUCUCGUCUGGGUUCUUACUAACUGCAAUAAUGAGAAGUAAAUCUCCGUACAUUUUAGGACUUCCUAGUUUGCACGAUUCAAAACUUAGAGCUCAUUUAAGCCUGAUAUGCUAAUGGCCAUUUUAG